UGCGGUUGGGGACCCCAGACUCUGGAGAUGGUGACGUUCCCCUCUGGUCAUGGCUGGUUCCUCGCCCUGCCAGGGCAGGACUGUUCUCUAUUUGCUUCAAGAACUGCUUUCCUGUAGUCACUCUGCAUCCCUCUGGGGUGAUCGCAGGGGUCUGUCAACCCAUCUUACAAAACCGAGCCUGAACCAGCCCCCACCUCUGAGUUUCCCCAGACUGUGGGGAGGUUUGGGUCCAGAUUUGUGGCUGGCACCUGUGUGCGUACUGGGCUGAACCCAAACCUAGAUCUAGACACCCCUGAGCCUGGAGAAAGUUCAGAUCCAGAUCUGAUCAUGGCAACAUGGCCCAGUCUCUGGCUUUUCAGGGAAGUUCUGGGCUAGAGCUAUUGCAGGACGAUGAGGGUUUUUUUACCCCUUAUAGGGACUUGCUUAAGAUGCUUGACAUGGAAACAUUACCAAUGGCCUCUGUUAAGGAGCAGCUUUAGUGCAUCUGUCUCAAACCAUUAGACACUGAACCAUCUUCCUAACACAUUGCUUCUCCUUGGGCUUCAGGUUCAGUGUUCAUCAAACGCAUUUAAAAUCUAUUUUUAUAUUCUGUACUUAAUGUGUGUGAUAUCCUUUCACUUAGUCCAGAACUGUUAAUUCAUAUGGGAUGUUUCUCCCUCACACUUGCAUCCAGAUACACUAGUAUCAUGAUAUAUGCUUUCAUGUUCUUAGGAUUUUAAGUUUGUGGUGUAUGUUUGUUCUUGUUUCUCAGUGAUUGCCAAUAAUUGUCUAAAAACAAAGCCGUAUAGGGAAGUUUGCAUUACUGUUGCCCAACCUUUAGUCAUUAUACAUAAUCUGUACAUUAUACAUAGAGGACUUCGUUUCAAGUGUUAUCAAGCUAAUACCUUUGUGAGCAUUAAAAAUGGGUUUGGACUGGAUCGGUUUUGGCUAUGCAGCAUUGGUUACAUCAGGUGGAAUAAUUGGCUAUGCAAAAGCAGGUAGUGUCCCAUCUCUAGCUGCUGGUCUUCUCUUCGGGAGCUUAGCUGGACUGGGUGCUUACCAGCUGUCUCAGAAUCCAAAAAAUGUGUGGCUUUCUCUGAUUGCAUCUGGAACACUGACUGGAGUUAUGGGAAUGAGAUUUUACAACUCUGGAAAAGUCAUGCCUGCAGGUCUAAUUGCUGGUGCCAGUCUGCUAAUGGUUGGGAGACUUGGAUUGAAGAUGAUUGAAAAGCCCCAUGACCCAUAAUGGUGAACGUCAUGUGACUUAAUGUGUCAAUAGGAAGCCUGAAAAUUCAGCUGCCUGAAUGUACAGAGAGUACACAACUGUUCUUACAUCAAAUAAUUUUUUUCUUUUUUUUUUUUCUAAGAUUGGGGGGAAAUUGAUGGGAUGGAUGGGUGUUAAGUAUACAAAAUGUCAUUGUUUCAGCAGUCAAUAUUUAUCCCUACUUUGUCCUGAGAAGUUGGGUUAGUGUUAAUUUAAAUUUCUCCUAAUACAUCUUUCAUUAACCACUCCCAUUUUGAGCAGUCCAAAAAAAAUAUAUAUAUAGACAACAUACGAGGGAGAGAGGGAACUGGCGCCUAACGUCAUGAUAAAGAAAAUUCCCACUCUGGGCCAACAGGAGUACUUGGUCAAAUACAAUAUAAAUAUAUAUGGUUACUCUGCAUGCAAACUAUCAGAAUGCUUUACCUGACUGCAGUUUGGCUGUAAGAAUGUGUCUAACACCAGCUGAAUAUUUUAUUGCAAAAUUAUGUUGAGCAAAAUGUCAUUUAAAGGAGAUUGAUUUUUAUACUAAUAAAAACUGAGAACGUAUAUUGCAAAACUAUUUCCUUUAUUGGGCAAGUCUGGGUUGGGGCUAGUUUGUGCCCUUCCUGUGGCUUACCUUUUCUUUUCUUAAGGAAAUCUUUUCAGUGUACUGUUCUCCAUAUGCAGUCUUUGAUCAUGUAAAGAAAGAUAACUCUUAAAUGGAGGGGAAGAAGACAGAAUUAAGUAUGUACAUUGUGUUAAUACUGCAUUAAAGACUCUUUAAAGAAGAAA